UUAAAUUAAUUUUAUCAUGUGCAGUGUGUUAUCUACCUACUCACUUGUGUACAAGGUCAAACAUAUCAGCACUCAACGCCAAUCCGGUAGUCCCGAACUAGAGUUGUUUGUACCAAAUCUAAAUCAGUAAAUAGAAUUCUAGCAACGCAGCAACAAUGCGAAAUAAAACGUUGAGUGAUUGUUAUAGUUUAUUUAUCCGAUCGCAAAACGCUAUUCGACAUGGCCGGCGAAGUUAUUCUACUCCGGUACAGGAGCCAAAACCAUAUAAGUCGAUACCGGGGCUGUCAUCAUUACCCAUCAUUGGCCCUAUGCAUCAUUUUCUGCCUAUAAUAGGGCAAUUUGGACCAAGGGCGAAUAUAUUCGACUUGAUAGGCACUUUGCACGAAAAGUUUGGACCUAUUGUCAAAAUGAAAGGGGUAUUCGCUAGAGCUGAUUUCGUCAUUCUUUUUGAACCAGAACACAUUGAUCAGGUUUACCGGGUGCAAGAAGCCAAUCCAUUAAGACCCGGUUUUCAAACACUUGAGUAUUUCAGAGAAGUAACUAAGAAGGGUACACUCGACGGCAAAUACGGAUUAACAACAGCGCAAGGUGAAAAAUGGCGCGACUUUCGUACGAAGGUUAAUCCAGCUUUACUUAAGCUUAAAUUGGUAAAAGUUUAUGCACCUCCCCUUGAUGAAAUUGCCCAAGAUAUGGUACAAAGGAUAAAAAGCCUGAAAGAUGACCAAACCUACAUACAAAACCACUUUGAUCUAGAAAUGAAUAAGUGGUCCUUAGAGUCGGUAGCGUUCGUGGCUUUGGGAUCACGCAUUGGAUGUCUGGAUGAUACUCAGCCUGAGGACCACCCGGGUCGUCAGCUCAUGCAAUGUAGCAAAGAUAUAAUAGAAAAUGCAUUUGAAUUGGAAUUUUUACCAAGUGUUUGGAAGUAUAUUUCAACACCAGCUUUCAAGAAGAUUAUGAAAACCUAUGAGACGCAAUGGGAUAUUAGUACGGCAUACAUAGAAAAGGCUAGAAAGCAAAUAAAUGCACGGGGACAUGAUGUUCCUGAAGAAGAGAAAAGCAUUGUUGAAAGGCUAUUAGCUAUUGACGAACAAGUUGCCAUUCUGAUGGCUAACGAAAUGUUGAUGGCUGGAAUUGAUACGGUUUCCUUCACAGCUACAAGUGUCAUUUAUAAUUUGGCAAUCAAUCCUGAUAAACAAGAGAAACUUCGAGAAGAAAUACGUUCUUCAGAUCCGCACAAACGAUACCUAAGGGCUUGUUUGAAAGAAGCGCUCAGACUUUGGCACGUAGUCCCGGCUAACUUGAGGCGGACAGAUAGAGAGCAUAUUGUGGCUGGAUAUCUUAUACCUAAAGGGGUAGAUGUGAUAGCACCAAAUGAAUUUUUAUCAAGGAUGGAGAAAUAUUACCCACGAGCUAACGAAUUUAUUCCCGAGAGAUGGCUGGCUGAUAAAUCUGAUCCGUUGUACUAUGGGAAUGCACCACAGAUGGUGACACUGCCGUUUGGCUUCGGAAUAAGGAGUUGUAUUGGAAGAAGAAUUGCUGAACUAGAGAUUGAAACUCUCAUGAAGAGAAUAUUUGAUGAGUUCAAAGUUACGUGGGAGGGUCCACCAAUAAAAGUGGUGAACAAAGUAACUAACGCCUUUGCGAAACCUUUUCACUUUAGAUUUGAAAGUGCAAAAUAAUCAGUACCUAAAUAAUCAAUAAAAAGUAUUUUUUUAAUCUUAA